AUGCCCGUUAUCUCAAUUGUGGUAACUUGUGCUCGCAGGAAGGAAUUCACUUUGUCCCACUUAUUCACCACUGAGAUCUCAAAGCUCCGUGGUAACUCUGCCACAAAGCUUGCGAGAUUGGUGCCUCGUGGGUUGGGCGUACCUCGAAGAACAAAAGCAGGAGACAUCGGUGGCAAUCAGUGCAGAUAUAUGCCGAGGACUCACCGGUCUCGUUUCACUCCCACGGCCCAAGGCCCUCCCUGGAGCUCAGUUGCUGAUGCAGCGCCUGUAUUCAACCCGAUACGACUGCUUGAGAUCGUUGUCCCGAAAUUGUGCUUAUUUGGCGCCGGCCCGCCAACUCUUCGGUCAUCCAUAGCUUUGUGGUCGUGA